ACACGCGGCGCCGGCCACACGCUCGAUUGUUUCAUCCGUCCCUGCCUCUCUGCUUGCCGAGCAAAUUUCUCUUUAAUGGAACAAAUGACAUUCGAAUUUGAUCCCGACUCAAUCGGACAUUUCUCCUUUCUCCAGAACGAGGGCCAUCGUGCCCAGCACGAGCUCGACGGCUCUGACACCGAACCCUGCUGCUCCUUGCGGCCGUGGCAUUCCUUCAGCCGCGACGGUGGCUCCGUCUCUGGCGUGGCCUCGCGGGCCUUCCAUGAGGACCUUGCCUCGUUGCCCGGGGAGGACACCAACCACCGCGAGGGCGCUGCUUUGUCCGCAGGCGGCGGCGUAGGCGACGGCGGUGCCCGGUGCCCCGCGAGCGUCCUCUACCCGCCCGCGCUCACGCACCAGCCCUACGAGGUGCAGCGCACGGCUGCCAAUGUCCGCGAGCGCAGGCGGAUGCUGAGCAUCAACUCGGCGUUCGAGGAGCUGCGCUGCCACGUGCCGACCUUCCCGUACGAGAAGAGGCUGUCCAAGAUCGACACGCUCCGCCUUGCCAUCGCCUACAUCGCCCUCCUCCGAGAUAUCCUCCUUUCGGACACCGACCCCAAAGCCUACGUCGACCGGUGCAUCAGAAAAGGCCAUCCCAACAGCAGCAAUGCACUUUGGAAUACCAGCGAUCUGACGGCACGGCUGUCCUGGAUAAAGUGGAAUUAGGGGAACCGCGUCCGUGGUUGAUUUGACCUCCACCCCGCGUUUCCCAGCUGUGCGUUCCCACGGCCCACCCUGCUCCUGCUCACUCACUCCACACGCCACACAUCCACGGGCAAAGUGCUGGCACAGCCCCGGGGUGGUGUGGCGAACAACGUCAAUGCUUCACGGCUUUACACGGGAUGGUGCCUGCGAGCACAGAUUCACCGUGUACACCAAGAACAUUCCUCCUGUUGCUCAACUUGUAUCUGUGUAAACAUGCGUUUGACUAAUCCCAUACGUAGACUUUCACAGCCAAUAUUCCGAUUCCUAAUCGGUUUCUUUUGGGUUAUGUAUGUCAGUAUGUGCGUAUGCUGACUUUCUUUCGCACCGUACGUAGCCAACCGUGCUAAUCAGAUGCAAUGUCAAUCGGAGUUAUAAACCUCCACUACCCGACAAGACCAAACAAAUUAAGUUGUCGCAAGGACCCAGAUCAGGAAACGCUCUUGUCAACAUUCUCUUUGCUUUUCAACAUGUCUGCUUGCUGAAAAACUAAAUCAAGUGGCACAUUAGCCCACGUAACAACUGGAUUUGUUUGGCGUUGUCGGGUGGCGGAGGAUGAUAACUCAAAAUGAAAAUGAUAUCUUCACGCUCAAACUCAAAAUAAAAGAAAUAUGAAUAACGCUGCUUAGCUAUUAUACAAGUGAUGUAUGUGUUGUCAUAUCUUGUAGUUGUUAGCCUGCCACAAGGUACCAUUAUCUGAUAGCGGAGUAUCAACAUGAUCAAUUCUUAUCUUAACAUGUUAUCGUUACGAUAACAUAAGGUUCUAUUGUUCCAUUUUGAAUAGAAUACACGCAGGAUAUUUAAGUAUUAAAUAUUGGUUUUCACUUGCCUCUUUUCCUAAAUGCAAGUACUGUGUUGCUAUUUAAUAUAUUGUGUGUAAGUUGUGUGUGUACAUGUGUCAAUUUUAUGUCAUGUUGAUGCAUUGCAUAGGAUGUGAUCUGUGCCUUUGUAUCACUUGUUCUUCAAAUGAAGACCUUGCUAGCUUACCAGUGAGUAUGUGUAUUGAAUGUGACCACAAUGUGUGGCUUUAGGUAGUUAGACGCAUAUAAUUAGUAUUUUGUAAAUUUUGAUUUAAAGCUUUCGUGACUGCAGGGAUUCAUAUUCUUGGUUCUUUCGGUAAAGUCACGUAGAAGGGAAACAAAAAAAUAAUAAAAAUAUAAAAUAAUAAAAUUAUCACGACGUUUCGACUGCAACACAAGCAAUCAUCAUCACAGCUGAUGAUCACAUCCUAUACAAUGCAUCAACAUGACAUAAAAUUAACACAUGUACACACACAACUUACACACAAUAUAUUAAAUAACAACACAGUACCUGCAUUUAGGAAAAUAGGCAAGUGAAAACAAGCAAUCAUCACACCUGAUGAUGAUUGCUUGUGUUGCAGUCGAAACGUCGUGAUAAUUGUAUUGUUUUAUAUUUUUAUUAUUUUAUUGUUUCCCUUCUACGUGACUUUACCGAAAGAACCAAGAAUAUGAAUCCCUGCAGUCACGAAAGCUUUAAAUAGAAAAAUAAAAUUCCUAAAGGUUAAAUGGACUUUUGUAAAACCAUAGCACUUUAAAUGAAAUGGUAACGAACUCUUCCGGAAACAUACCGAGGCCGUCUGACAAGUUGUACGUGUUCCAAUGAGAAAGAAGACUUUAAAGUCAAGGUAAAGUGUGCCACUAUAUCACUCAUCGUGAUGUCAGUGCAUUGCGAGGUGCGAAGCAUUUCAUGUAUUUGAAAAAUGCUGUCAUAAGUAUUGAACACUUAAAAACAAACUGGUUUGCACUUAAUAAA